AUGGCGACGUCCAGGGUGCUCAAGGUCCCACAGAGCGACAACGACAAAGAGUUCGUACUGCUACAGGUAUCGUCGUCGGGCAAAAAGCCGUUGGACCUAAAGUUGAUUGGAACUGAAGGAGAAGCGCCGUAUGUGGCCAAGAUCAAGCAUGACCGCAUUUCCGCACUCAAAGUGAAAAAUAGCCCAUUGACAGACGCCGAGUGGGAAUCUACUCUUGACUUCUUCUUCGACCAGAAGCCAUUGAAUGAUAUCCACGCCACCGCUACCGUCCAAAGCGAAGUCUCAAUCUCAAUCACAAUCAGGAAGGAAGUACAGGGCAUCACACAACGACUGGGUGAUAUUACUCUGUCUCAUGACGCAAACGAAGCAAUUGAACUGCUUGAAUGGUGUGCAGCUUCCGCAGACGCCGUUGUCGCAAGCAACGAGGCGACAGCACAGGCACAAUCAAAAGGCACUGAACUAGAGGCCUCGAUUCGCCAACUGAAAGACCAACUAGAAGAGCUGUUGAAAGCCAAAGACGAAGACGAGACUGUCCUUUUGCAAAAGUUUCGAGACUUGCUCAACGAGAAAAAGGUCAAGAUCCGUGAGCAGCAAAAAGUCUUGACGUCGGGCUCGUUUUCCAUGACGAAGCAAGAAGAGCCCGCCGAGCCCGCCGAGCCCGCCGAGCCCGCCGAGCCAUCCCCGGAGCCAGAGCCAAGAGCCCCCAAGGGCAAAGGCCGGGGUAGAAAACCCGCACCAUCUCGGGCCGCUAAGAGGAAAGCGGCGGCGCCCGCCAAGGAAGAAUCGGACGAGGAGGACGCGCUUGAGGCAGACGUGGCCGAUGACCCGCGCAUCAAGGCGGAGCCCGAAGACACUGAUGACGGCCACACGACAGAGGCAACAGCUUCAGUGGAUGGCGACGAUGAUUCGGACGAAGAAAUGGCAGAUGAUGCCGGAAAUGAGGAGGCGGCCGCGGCGCCAUCACCCCGUGAACCGAGUCCUCCCCAAAAGGCUGCCACACCACCGCCCAAGAGAGCUCUUCCGUUUGUGAAUAGAAGACCAAAGGAGGCUCCAAAGACGGUGUUGCCUGCAGCUGGUGAAGAAACAGACUCAGAUGAUGAGCUAUAA